GAAUAAACAAGGAACAGACUACGGGUUCAAAAUCUCACAAGACUGAAAGAGAAAGAGAGGAGCGGUGGAGGAGGCUGACGACGUCGUUCGUUUUGAUUUCUGGGGUGUUUGCAGAACUUGUUCAGCAGAUGCAAGUAAAAGGCGUGCAGGUUGAGGAGUUGUAUUCAUUGGACCUUGAUUCUCUGAACAAUCUGAGGCUGGUGUACGGUUUGAUUUUCCUAUUCAAAUGACAACGGCUCCAAUUGUUUACACUUUCCAAUCAGCUCUAGGAUAAUGCAAAAUGAAAACAUUAGUGAACAGCGGUGCCAAGACAAACCCUUCAGUCAAGGACACCUGCAAACAAAAGUUACAAUGACUCUAUUUUGAGGUGAGUACAAGCUGUUGCUUUUACAUUGUAAAAAUUGAUGAAGCAACAAUAAAUCUAGAGAGAUUUAGAGAAGAAGGUGAUGACACAGAAGAAUAAGAGGUGUUGAUGCGAAAAAGUGGUUUGACACGUGGCUCGCUCAACUUAGUGAUAUUAUGUCUUCGGAAGGGAUUUUGCCUUCGGAAGAUCAAGUUCCUGCAAAAGGACACGUUCGGUAAGACCUUGGGAUAUCAGUGUGGUACCGGCCAAAGGCUCUCCGAUGGUUAAGUAAGUACGGUUUUAGUAAAUAUUAGAUUACAGAUCAAGCGGUAGCGUACCGUUGGUUUGUCUCCCUUCUUUUUGAGGAUAGGGGCAUUGGGAGGUGUGCACUAUGCUCAUAUUUCCGAUGUGGGACUGUAGAAGCGGAUUGUAAGCAUGACACGUGUCCUGGUGCAAAAAUGUCAAAAUGUAUGGCUUCGGUAGGGCACAUGCCGAAGGGUUAUUGUGAUAAAUAUCGAUUCUGUCCACGUGUUUGGCAGUCACAGGUCGUUUAUUUCCGGUAUAAACAGUAGUCCCCCAAGUUCUCUUCCGAAGUUCCUUCGGAAGGGAAUUUAGUUCUCCAUGGCAGUUCGUAGGUGCCCUGCCGUUCGGUAAGCUCGUUUGGAAGAGACUUCCCUGAGACCCGAAGGGUCGUCGAUGCUGAGAGGGGUGAUGGCAAAGAGACGCUUCGUCUUCCGUGCCUGGCGUGCUGAGACGCUUCGUCUUCCGUGCCUGGCGUGCAGUCAACAUUGCCAUUCAGCGGGUGACACGUGGCUAGCGAAGCCACGCCUGACGGUCGCAUUUAUGAGCCAUUUGGUUUCCCGAGGCAUACCGUUGCAGCUCUCUCCCUAUAAAUAGAGGCUGCUCCAAGCGUAAAGCUCACUUUGCAUUUGAGAGUUGACGCGAGAGCUCUGUAUAGGCGAUUUCCGAAGAGAGUAAACGGCAAUUCAGGCGAUUUUCACAGAAGUUCUCGGCAUUCAAGGCGAUUUCCGAAGUCUCCAUUCGGCAGUCAAAUCUUUUCUCACUACUCAAGGUAAGAUACCGUUCGGUACUCCCAAAAUACUUUCCCUUUAUUUCUGUACGUCUUUUCGUGGCAUAAGCUAGCCGAUCGUUAGUAGGGCUUGCCUUCGGUGGUCUAGUGAGCCAUAGGUAGCGACGUAGGCAUCGGUAGGGUAGUUUAUGACACGGUCUUAGCCUUCCUUUCCUUUUUUGUAGAUGUCUGCUAGCGAGUCGUCCUUCGGCAGUGAGCCCAAUGCGUUCGAUGAGGAGUUGUCAUCGGGCUGGGACACGUCUAGUGGGGUUGCGAGCCUCGAGGCCGAGGGUGGAGAGGACACCGAUGUUGAGAUACUCGUGAGGAGGUGAACUCCGUUCCCACCCAUGGCAUCGGCAAGACUUAUGACGGGGGAAACGCUUCCCUUGGCCGCGGUCUAUAAGGACGGUACCCGCGUCGGUACCUUUGAGCGUCAACCGGAGGCCUCCACCUCCGGUCGUGAUGAGGGCGUUGUCGGUCCCUCUCGACCGAGGGUGACGAUCAUCCACCGGGAGCGGUCUAGGAUACCGGUGGGUGUACCAAAGAAGGCUCUGUUCGGGGUCGAUUACUUGGAGCCCAACAAGAUCACCGAACGGGAGCUGGAGAAAAUCAGGGUCGAGUACCUCUUCCCGGACUCGGUGAAGAUGAGGAUUUCGGGUCCUACCGAGUCCCUCAGCGACCCAGGGGACGGUGAAGUCACCUUCUUCACCGACGUGCUUCUGAAAGGGGUUAGGUUGCCGUUGCAGCCUGCCGUGCAGAAGAUACUUGCCCAGAUCGGGUACGCCCCAGGCCAGUACAAUCCCAACUUUUGGGUGGCCUUGAUGGGGGUGAUAGCUGCGUUCGGGAUUGCCGGGGAGGGGAAGCCCUCAUACGAGCAGUUCUCGUAUCUGUACAGCAUCUCCAAGUCCAAGAGUGCCGAUCAUGGUGGCUGGGUUCAGGCGAACUGCCUGAAGGCUUCCGAGUGGGGGCACUUCAUUAGCUCGGUGCCGACUUCCCAAAAGUCGUGGAGGAAUCGGUGGGUGCUACUCUCCGGUGAUUGGGAAUCACCAUCGGGAGUACCCCCACGGUUCUCGGUACCCACGACGUUUCAAAUCGCCGGUAGGUUUCUGAGUUACCGAUCGGUAGGCUGACUAUUGUCUUCCUUUUUUCUUAUUUUAUUUUUUUACUAAUUCUCUCUUCGGACAGGUAAACUCAAGCAGCCGAACCCCUAAACAGAGUGAGAUUCGACAGCUCGACAGAGUGAGGCUGAAGGUGCCUGCUGCCGAGCGAGUUUAUCCGCACUUCCUCUUCACCAACAAUCUCAUCAGAGCCGGCCUCGUCAACCCUGCCGAGAUGACGGACGCAAGGAAGGCUGCCGAGGGCAAGAAGAUGAACGAGUCCUCCAGGAGGCGCCUUAUGAUGGGCCUGGAGGGCAAGAAGAAGAAAAAACAGCCUGAGGUACCUUCCGUUCGGCAGUCGACGGAUCUCGAGGACGUGACCCUCGCGGAGCGCCUGCGACAGCUAUGCGUCGAGCCUGUUGCGUGGCCUGCUACCGAUGCCCCCGCGCCGAGGCAGUCGAAUGCUAAAGCCGCUGCCUCCAGAGCUGCAGGGAAGCGGCCAGUGACAGCGGAUUUGGAAGCCUCGCCGGCUUCCAAGCGGGGUCGUCCGUCGGAGGCUUCGAGGGCCGUCCUUGCGGUGGAGGACGAGGACGGACCUACCGAGGCCGUCACCAUCGCCUGCCCCUCGAAGACGGUGCAGUUUGUCAAUCACAUGAUCCUCGGCUCUCAAAUGGAGCUACCGGAGAUUGACGAACUACCGAAGAAGCUUCUUCGGGAGCAGGCCGGACGCGCCUUCCGUCUUCAGGCCUCGGCGUCCAUGGAUAUAUGGCUAAGCUUCAAGCGAGCCAUCUCUGCUGCCAAGCGAGCGAAAAAAGCCUACAACGACGGCAGGGCCAAGGUUGCCGAAGUAGACAAGGCACUUCAGGACCACGCCCAGCUGCUCAAGGAGAAAGAGGCUGCCGAACGGCAGGCUCUUGUUUCGGGGGCGAAGGUGGAGGAGAUGCGGGUGGCCUUGGAGGCAGCGCAGGCGGCAGCGAGGGAUGCCGAGGCAGCUUCGGAGGCGGUUCAAGAUGCCUUGGAAGAGUCCGAGCGGACCAAGGCUGUGGAGAUCGAGGCUGCCGUUCGGUCUGCUAUCCAGGGAUACCGCUCGUCUGAAGAGUUCACUGCCCUUCUGGACGGGGAAGUGGGCUUGGAGAUGGCGGACCUGCUGUACCGAUUCAAACGGUACAACCCUGGGCAAAAGCUGAACCUGAACUUUGCUGCCGAUCCUCCUCUCCUUCCGGAGGGAAUAACCGAGGAAAUGAUAUUGGAGUACGAGGGGGAGGACGCUGCCUAGGGACCUGGUUCUGCCGAGGCUGCUGCUGGAGAUGAAGCUUGAGGGCAUUUUUAUUUCCCUUGUAAUUUUAGUUUUUAAUUUUCAUGUUAUUCUGAACGUGUUGAUGCCGAGGGCAUCCUUUAAUUCAAAUGCAUAUUUUUA